CCCGGCUACCCUUCCCCGGGCGGGGCCACAAUCACGUGCCUCCGGCGGACGCGGGAGAGAGCAGGCGCCGCCGCCCCGCCGCUGGAUGCCGCCGCCGCCGCUGCUGCUCCUGCUGCUGCCGCCGCUGCUCCGCCUCGGCUCCCGCCGCCGCCUCCUCCCCGUCAUGUCCGCCGCCGCCGCCGCCGCGUCCUCCGCGGCGGGCCCGGAGCGCCCCUACGAGCCGGGCAGCCUCUCCGCCGCCUUCGUCACCUGCCCCUCCGAGGGGGCGGCCAAGGAGCUCGCCAGGUCCCUGGUGGAGCGGCGCCUGGCGGCCUGCGUGAACCUGCUGCCCCGGGUGACCUCCAUCUACGAGUGGAAGGGCCAGAUCGAGGAGGACGCCGAGGUGCUGCUGAUGAUCAAGACGCGCAGCUCCCGCGUCCCGGCCCUGGCCGAGUUCGUCCGGUCGGUGCACCCCUACGAAGUGGCCGAGGUGAUCGCCGUGCCCAUCCAGCAGGGGAAUCCGCCCUACCUGCAGUGGGUCCUGGAGGCCGUGCCCGAGCCGGAGUAGCAGCGCCCUGGAGCGUCUUUUUUGGGGGGGGGGGAGCCGCAAUAAAGCCUCCCCACAGCCGAGGGGAACGACUCUG